CUUGGCAUGCGCGCACCGAAGGCGCUUCCACCUCCCCUUCGUUUUAGCGCCUCUGCGCUCCCGUCUCCACGCAUUCUUGCAGAGAGAGAAGCUGAAACGCUGUGGGAGAUCUGGGGUAGAGCCCAUGCUGCCUGGCUCUUCUUUGGUGGGAAAGGCAGACGGAGGUGGGGUCCGCGAGCACGCCGGCUGUUGCCACCUGUCGUCCUUACCUUCAUUCCUGCCCUCUUCGUCAAGGAGAGAAGCCAGCAUCUAAGCUAAAUGAUGACAACCUUAAAGAACAAGGAAGAUGGAAAGGAGCAGAAGAAAAUAUUUGCUUGGCCUAGACCAAAAGUCAGCACUGUGACUCCUUAUGUGGCUCCAGAUUCCCCCAACAAUGAAGAUACUCAAGAGAUCAGGGUCACUGGGGUGAAUGCCAAGCAAAGCCAGCCAAAAGACAAGACUGAGAAAAAGAAAAAGGAGAAAGUCACAAAGAAGAGUUCAGGAAGUGACAAGGAGGGGAAGGUAGUCCUAGCCCCCAAGACCAGCAAAGAGCAAGACACCAAAGGAACUGAGAGGAAAACAGAAAAGCAGAAGCCAAGUCUUACCAAUGAACAGUUUGAGGAGAUUGUCCAGUGUGUGCUUCAGAAGUCCCUCCAGGAGUGCCUGGAUCUGACCUGUGAGACUUCGGGUGCUCAACACAUUGAAUGUUCCCGAGGGGCAAAGGAGACAGGCAUUAUUAUCGCUACUUCUGAUGUGGAUAGGAAGCUACUGGAGAUACCUUAUCCCCCAAUAACUUCUGCCGCUAAAGAAGAUGGAAUUGUUCCUGGGACCCAGUCAUCCAAACCAGAUCUUUUACCUUCAGAGAAGAAACAGAACACUCUUCCCUUAAGCAAUAAAAAAAAAGAAGAAAAUGAGGAGAAAACUGAACUAACACAAAAGAGUCGGAAGCACAGAAGGAAGGGCCAACCAAGGAAAAUAGUACAAGGCUACACCCAGAUCAGUGAUCAGGAAGAAAGUGGGGGAGAAUGGGCAGGCAAUUUUGGUCACUGUAUCGCCUGGGUGCAGUGCUCCUUCCCCAGCUGUGAAAAGUGGAGACGACUCCAUGGCAACGUUGACCCCUCAAUCCUGCCAGAUGAUUGGUCAUGCAGUCAAAAUACAGAUUUGCAGUUUAACCAUUGUGACGCUCCUGAGGAAUUCUGGUCGGGGUGUGAGAAUGAUGUGGUUUAUGCUUCCUACAUCCCAGGAUCCAUCAUCUGGGCCAAGCAGUAUGGUUACCCCUGGUGGCCUGGAAUGGUAGAAUUAGAUCCUGAUCUGGGAGAGUAUUUUCUCUUCACCUCUCAACAAGAUGUCCUGCCUGCCAAAUACCAUGUGACAUUUUUUGGGAACUCUGUCUCUCGAGCCUGGAUCUCUUCCAACAUGUUGAAGAACUUCCAGGAACUGUCCCUGGAACAGGUUGAACCGAAAAAGAUCAAGAACAAGGAUUGCAGCCAGAAGCUGAUGGCAGCCCUUGUGAUGGCCCGGGAGGCCCAGCUGUUGAGCAUUAAGGAGCGAGUUAGCUUGUUUGGUUUCAGCAGCCGCUAUAAGGAGAAUGCAUCAGAGUCUGACAGCAGUGAGGAGGAAGGAGACAUAUUUUUCAAAGAGACUAAAAAGAUUCAGAGCGCUGGAAGCUCAAAUUUUGGUGUUUCAAAGGAAGAAAACAAGUACCAAUUUUUUCCAAGACAAAAGGAGCUCUGUUUAACUAGUUGCAAUCCAAUCAACACCUCUAAGGAGAAACUACGACUAAAAGGCACUACUGCAGUAUAUGAGCAAGGUGGGACACUCAAAAGGAAGAGAAAUAAGAGGUCCCCUUCACAAGGCAGCAGCACAGUGGUGGAGAAGAAAGGAAGCAGUGGGAAUUCACAGUCUGACCAGCCAGGCCCUAAGAAAAAAUUUGCAGCUCCCCAAAGAAAGACCAUGGUGACCAAACUGCCUGGGAAAGGAGGAGAUAGAGUUCCCAAAAAUCAGUCCCCAUCACCCGACCCCCUGGUGGAGACAGGAAAAAAGAUCCAACCCAAGGGGCCACUGGUACUGAUGGCCAGGAGCCAGUUCUUCAAGAAUAAGGUGUCCAGUGACCUGAACCUAGAAGAGCUUAUGGAAGAAGUCGGAGAAAGAAUUAGCCAAAAAGAAGAGCAACAGGAGCCCCUAGAAGAGGAAGAGGAGAUCUCCAUAGUUUUAUCUGAGGAAUAGUUGGGUGUAUCUUCAUCUCAUAUUCUUCCUUCUCUUCUUACCAAUUCCUUAACUCUUUUUCAGUGAGUUGGAGGUCAAGGGAAAUCCUUCUAGCAGAUAUUUUUGAAAAGUUUGCACUUGUUAAUGUUGAUGGUUGGAAUUCAAGUUUGAGCAAUAAUAAAGCAAGUUUCUGUCUUAA